AUGGGCAAGAUUCUACAGAAAAAGAAGGCUCGUUCCGGCCUCUCCAAGGCCAAGGCGAAGAACAACCGCCUCAAGAGCGGUAACAAGAAGAUCAAUGUGCUGGGCAACGCCAUCAUCGCUCAAAACUGGGACCGUGAUUUGACCCUUACACAAAACUACAAGAAACUUGGUCUGCUGCACAAACUCAACGCCCCUACCGGUGGUAAAGAGCGAAUUCCCGGCCGCAGCGAUCUCACCGAGAAGUCCAACUCGCUCUUCAUCAACGGCAGCGCAGUCGCCGCCGCGCAGAUCGAUCUCGGCGAGACAAAGGUCGAGCGUGACCCCGAGACCGGCAAGAUUCUGCGAGUCAUUCACGACUACGAUGAGAUCGAGGUUGCGGGCCAGAAGCGGCGGCGCAAUAACCCGCUCAACGACCCUCUGAACGACCUAUCAGACAACGAGGAUACUCCCGUGGUUUCCGCCUCCAAGGUCGUCCAGCAGUUGGAGCGCCAGGCAGACAUGGAGGGACAGGGCGAGAAGGCCAAGAAGCCGCGUCAUCAGAGCACGCGCGAGGGAGAGUGGGUUUCGCGGUUGAUUGAGAAGCAUGGCGAUAAUAUCUCGGCUAUGGUUCGUGACCGCAAGUUGAACCCCAUGCAGCAGAGUGAGGGCGAUAUUCGGAGGAGAAUCAACAAGUGGAAGAAGGGCCAGGCAUGA